GUUAAAAGAAGCACAAGCAGAGUUUCAUACACAGUCUGACUCCAGCAGGUCAACAGAUUCAUACAACGUCACAAACUGUGGGCUGUACUGUCUUAUGUUAUAUAGACUUUUAAUAAGGGUAUGGUGAGUUUGGAACAUUUCUCUCAAUUGGUUUCUUGAUAAUGAUUUUCCUUACUGUGUUUAGACUGAAUACUAUUAGUGUAUUUAAUACAUUAGCUGCACAUAGUACCAAACAAAAGCUUAAAGUUUAACUAAAACAAAAUGUAAAACUUGGUGGAAUUAAUUCAUCUAUGAACAGUGUUAUGACUGCUUUAAGAAGCAAAAGGAGGAUCAUGGUAAACUCUACACAGGCUUCAUAUUUCACACUUGCUGCCUACUUUGAUACUGGGAUUCUUAAAUACUUAUUUUUUAUGAUAGUCAUAUCUUUAUAUAUUUUAAUUGUUUGUGCCAAUCUUUUGCUCAUUGUGAUUAUCUGUAUGAACAGAAGCUUACAUGAACCUAUGUACAUAUUUCUGUGCAGCCUGUUUGUAAAUGAACUGUAUGGUAGUACAGGGUUGUUUCCAAUGCUUCUGGUUCAGAUUCUCUCUGACAUUCACACUGUUUCUGCUCCCUUUUGUUUCCUGCAGAAUAUGGUUUUAUUCUGUUAUGGAGGAGUGGAAUAUUUAAACUUAACUGUCAUGUCUUAUGACAGAUACCUUGCUAUCUGUUGCCCUUUGCAAUAUAACACCCAGAUGACAUCUAACAAAAUUGCCAUGCUUAUUGCUCUAACAUGGGUUUGCCCUUUACUGCUGUGUAUUGUAAUGACAUCCUUGAGUAACUCUUUACAUCUGUGUGGGAACAUUAUUGAGAAGGUGUACUGUGACAAUUACUCUAUUGUAAAAUUGGCAUGUUCUGAUACCACAAUCAAUAAUAUCUAUGGACUGUUUAUCACUUCAGUCUCAAUCUUUUGCCCUCUAAUUCUAAUUUUUUACACUUACAUAAAGAUUCUUAAAAUUUGUUUUUCUGGUUCUAAACAGACCAGACAGAAAGCGGUCAGUACAUGCACACCUCACCUUGCUUCUCUGCUUAAUUUUUCUUUUGGGGCUUGCUUUGAAAUAUUACAGAGCAGGUUUAAUAUGAGCAAUCUACCAAAUAUUUUAAGAAUUUUCUUGUCAUUAUAUUGGCUUACAUGCCAGCCAGUUUUCAAUCCUUUACUGUAUGGUAUAAAUAUGUCCAAAAUCCGGAUUAUAUGUAAAAGUCUUGUUUUUGCUGAAAUGUAGACUGAUUUCUGAUUUCAGGGUUUCCCAGACAUUGAAAAUGCGUCUGUGGUUGUUUAAGGCCUAAAAUAUGACACUUCAAAUUCAGCUGCACAACUGCUGUGAUUAGAUUUUGUUUCCCAUAACAAUUUCAAAUUGCAGAUUUUCUUAUCAUGUGUUAUGAAAUGCAUUUCCACAGAGAUGUAUAAAAGAAAGAAAUAACAAAUACAUGAAAUGUUACUUAUUGAAAAAUGAACUGCAAAUAAAUCAUUAAUCAUACAAUGUAAA